AUGUUCUGCUCCUCCCUCCUUGCUGCCGUCCUCCUCGCCACCUCCUUUGUCUCCGCCGCCCCGCUCAAGACCCGCCAGGCCGCUGGUGUCCCCAAGGUCGUCGUCGCUCACCACAUCGUCGGCCUCACUGCCGCCUUCACUGUCGAUGACUGGCUUUCCGACAUCAAGGCCGCACAGGCAAAUGGUAUCGACGGCUUUGCUCUCAACGUUGGAAACGAUCCCUUCACGACCACCCAGACUGAGAACGCCUUCCAAGCCGCCGAACAACUCAACUCUGGCUUCAAGCUUUUCUUCUCAUUUGACAUGAGCUCCUUCCCCUGCCAGUCGGCGGAUGGUGCCGCGACUCUGCGCUCCCUCACUCUUCAGUUCGCAUCCCGCCCGAACCAGCUCACCGUCGACGGCAAGGCGUUUGUUUCUACUUUCGCUGGAGAAGCGUGUUCCUUCGGUCAAAGCGACGUUCCCACCGGCUGGCGUACUCAGUACACUCAGCACCCCGAGACAACUGGCAAGGUCCACUUCGUCCCGUCCUUCUUCAUCGACCCGGCUACCUUCAACACCUUUAGUGGCGUGAUGGAUGGCGACUUCAACUUCAACUCGGGUUGGCCCAUCGAUCUUCACGUCGCCCAGGCACCCGCGCUGCUCCCCGGCGUCGACCUCAACAACGUCGUCGGUACGGGAGGUGACGUCGCGCUCCAGAAGUUCAUCGGCUCCUUCGACACCGACAACCAGCACAUCACCAACCUCGCCAGCGUCGCGAACUCGGCCCAGACCUACAUGGCCGCCGUCGCGCCCUGGUUCUUCACCCACUUCGGCGCGGAUACGUUCAACAAGAACUUCAUCUUCGACGGUGACGAGCACCUCUGGGUCACCCGCUGGGAGAACGUGAUCGCCAACCGCGACAAGGUCUCCCUCGUCGAGAUCGUCACCUGGAACGACUUCGGCGAGUCGCACUACAUCGGUCCCCAGCAUGGCCAGCUCCCGGUCGGCUCUGACGCCUGGGUGGACGGCAUGGACCACUCCGGCUUCCUCGCGCUCACGAACUACUUCGCGACCCAGUUCAAGACCGGCACCGCGCCCGCGAUCGAGAAGGACCUGCUCGUGAUGUACGCGCGCCCGCACCCGCGCGACGCGAAGCCCGCCGACCCCGUCGGCGCCCCCACCGACUUCCAGCUCUUCCAGGACAAGAUGUGGGCGGUCGUGCUCGCGACCGCCGACGGCCAGCUCACCCUCACCGACGGCGGCGCGAACACCCAGACGUUCCCCGUCACCGCCGGCGUCAACAAGCUCUCGCUGCCGAUCGCCGCCGGGGGCAUCAUGCACGGCACGCUCACCCGCGCGGGCGCCACCGUCGUCGACCUCAAGCCGGACUUCACCUUCAACCCGAACCCGGCCGCGUUCAACUACAACGCGUUCACCGCGUCCGCGACCUCCGCCUGA